AUGCCUCAACCGAAAAUGAAAGCAGUUCGUGGUGGUGGUGGUGGAGGCUUUGCAUCUUCUUCUUCUUCCAACAACAACAACAACAAUCGUCCCAAGAAGGUCAAGAAGGCUCAAUCCCAUCAGGCAGAAAUUCUUCAAAGCUCGGACAGGAUCAUGCAAAGUAUUUUAUCGUGUUUUGAAUUAUCGGAGGUGUUGAAUGAGAUGGCUUUUGUUUCUUCCAAGUUUUAUAAAGUGAGCAGAAGUGAGCAAUUUUGGACGAAUUAUAAUGUAUGGGCUUCCGUUAGGGAUCCUCCUCCAAUGUUUUAUGCUAAUUUAUUUAUGAAGUGUUUUGGUGCUCGCUGGACCAGUUUGACCUUGUCGAGUGAAGCGUUCGACUCAUUCAAACGAAGAAAUAAUCAAGUGAACAUUCCAAACUUUAACAAUUUGAAGAUCUUAGAAUUUGAAUGGAGUUUUGAUCAGAUUUCUAAAGAAAAAGAGAAUGAUAUUGUGUUGAGCAAUUUGGUAGACUUGUUGUGCAAUACUCCAUCUUUAACACAAUUUAACCUAAAGCUAGCUGGUGAAACCAUUCCAAAUUUUUCAAGCAAUGCUCUUGACAGUGUGAAGAAAGCAGUACAAGGCGCUUUUAAAUUCAAAAACGUCACAAUUGUCUUGGGUGGAGUUCUUGAGGAAGGAAGUAACAAUAUUGUGAGUGAGUUCAUGUCACAACUAUUGAUGCGAUCAUGUUCUACUUUGGAAAGCUUAAUUAUUCGUUCUAUUGAUGGAAUAGAUGCACAAAAGUAUCUCAAAUCGAUCAAAUAUCCAGCACUGAAAAAUAUUGAAAUCAAACUUGUUGAAAGAGGUUGUUCAACUGAUGAAAUGUCACAAGCCAUUGAAGAAAUGAUUGUGAAUAAUGCGGACCAUCUCGAGAGUAUUCAAAUAGAAAAUGAUGAAAGUGUGAAUAUUGCAUCUUUGGUGAACACUCUCUUGACCCUCUCUUCUCAAUCCAAGCUCAUAAAACUUAAAAAGCUAAUCCUUGGUGGAUAUGAAUCUACGGAUACCUUUAAUACUACAGAUGUACAAACUUUGAGUGGUGCCCUGUCAAACUUGGAAACACUUGUUAUGAAAGAUGUACCAUAUGGCGCAUGGUUAAGAAAUUUCUUGCAAUCUGUUGUAAAACAUUCCAAAAAGUUAAAAGUUAUCAAGCUGAAAGGAAUAGAACCUUCCGAACCCAAUGGAUACGUUGACGAUUGUUUGAAUGACAUAAUUUUACCUACUUCCAUAACAAAGUUUUCUUUAAAACGAACACCAGUAACAGACAAAUUGCUCAGACAGUUGCUCUCUGGAGGUCAAUAUACCAAUUUAAAAGAUCUUUCCUACGGUACAGAGGGAGUUGACUUUUUCUACAUUAAUGACAGUGGAUUGUCUGAAGAUACCCUUAAUCACAUCCUUCCACUCUGUACACGAUUAGAAAGCCUCUGGAUUUGUGAUUCCAAGGUCAAGCAUUUACUUCCUAUUGUCGCCAAGCAUACACCUAAUUUAUUGUCACUUUCAUAUCAAUGCCUAGAAUAUAGAGGCAGAGAGUUAGUGGAGAAUUAUGAAUCGCCAUCUCCAAACAUUUCUCCGUUGUUAUCGAACCUCAUGACGUUAGAAUUAUUGAUUACGUGUAGCAAUGAUGAGCUGGCAAGAAUUUUAUCUUAUACUCCCAACAUUUGCUAUUUACAAUUACUCUCCAGUAACUUAUCUGGCCAGGUGAUUGAGGUGUUGUCAGAGUCGAAAUGUGCCUCAAAAAUUAUGGGCAUUUCAUUAAUUGAUCCAUAUUAUGAGGAAAAGAGGCCAUGUAUCUGUGACGCUGAGAAAAGCGAGUUAAAGAAUCAAAAAUUCAAACUUGCCAACAUGUUCAAAAGGUUAGAAACUUUAGAAUACUCAAUUGGACAUCAUUUAGCAUCUCUCAACUUGAUGAUCGCCAUUGUUUGUUACUCUCCAAAUUUAGAGGAGGUGAUAUUGAAUGGAAGAAACAUUUUAGAAGGCGUUGACAUGGACAACUUGUGCAUGGAAGAGCUCGUUGACUUAAUUAAGCCACACUUAAAAAGAAGAAGAAGAACCAGGAGGUUGACGAAUUUAGCUUAA